UGGAUUGGCUGGCCUCUUGGGUGGUCCGGGCGCUGUUGGUUCUGCGCGUGACCACCCACAGCCAUGGCCGUGGUAGGGGCUGCUUUCCGUCGUCUAGGUGCCUUUUCCGGAGCUGGAGCCUUGGGCUUGGCCACUUACGGGGCACACGGCGCUCAGUUCCCGAAUGCCUACGGAAAGGAGCUCUUUGAUAAGACCAACAAACACCACUUUAUACACAGCCUGGCACUGUUAGGGGUACCCUGCUGCAGAAAGCCCCUCUGGGCGGGGUUGCUGCUAGCCUCUGGAACAACCUUAUUUUGCACCAGCUUUUACUACCAGGCUCUGAGUGGAGACCCUAGCAUCCAGAUUAUGGGUCCAGUUGGAGGGAGCCUGCUAAUCUUGGGCUGGCUUGCCUUGGCAUUUUGAGGUCUUUUGUUUAAGUACUCAGCCUUGGGCUUUUGGGGAACUUGGAACAGAAAGAAAAAUAAAAGAGAAAGGCAAAUAAAGAA